AUGCCAUCUUUUCCCAAAUUCAUUCCAGGAAAAUUCCAAGGAGAAGAAUUAAUAAAACUAUUUGGAUCCUUAUCAUCAAGUUCCUUGACUUCAGAUAAACAUGGCUACAGCAUGAAGACAACACAGAAAGCACCAGAAACUGGAUCCUCUCCUCCAGUCAAACAGCUGCUUGAUGAACCAGAGACUGUCACCACAAUAGAUACUGAGUAUAGUCAGUAUACAGGUGUAUCCAACAUGUCACGUAGAGUCAACAAUGUUGCCUCUCUGAGUGAUGAAGAAAUCUGGACAAGUGGAAAUGACAUCGUCAUGAAACUCUUCAGCAUCAAUCAGGGAUCACUACUCAAGUCAAUCACAACCAAUUCAGGGUACACACCAUGUGACAUAGCAGUGUCAAAAACUAAAGAAGUAGUGGUGAUCAAUCAGGCCGGGAAAGUGAGAUUCAGGUACACUGGACAUACUCCUGCUCCAAGGAACAAACCAUUCCGUCCACGAGGAAUCACCACAGACAGUCAGAGUCACAUCCGUACAGCUGAUGCUAACAAUCACUGUGUCCACAUUAUAGAUCAGGAUGGACAGUUCCUCUGUUACAUAGACUGUAGACUGAGUGAACCCUGGGGACUGUGUACAGAUACAUAUCACAAUCUGUUUGUUGCUGAAUUCAGACAGAAACAACUAGCCAUCAGCUUACCUAUCAGAAAGAACUACAGAUGUCCUAUGCACACCUAA